AUGUCCAAUGCUGGCAAAGACAAGAGCCAUCGCCGUGCACUGCGCGCAUUCGCAGAGAGCGAGGCGAUGAGUGAUAGCGGUGACGAAGAUGGUCUCGAUAUCUUGGCUUCGUCUCGAAAAGGCUUGGACCUGUCGCAGUACAUUGAUGGUCAGUCAACGAUUCCUAACCCCUCACAUUUUAGGCAUGCUGAAGAUUUGGCAGUCUUAACACAGACUCAGUCUCAAUCUCAAGACACAAAUGCCAAGCGCAAGGAGCGUGAUGUGGUUGAGCUGAGUUCGAACGAUGAAAUCCAGCCUGUGCGGCGAGCCAAAGCGCAGAACUCGCCCGCCCCGGACUCUGGACUUGACGAUGUCACGGCCGAGGAGGACGACAACGCAGAGUCCGAGUGGUCAGAAGAGGAUACACGGGCAGCUUACCGCGAAUGGAAAGACCGCAAAACCAACAAGCGUAAGCGUGUCGCAGCAGAAACUACCAGGAUCCGGACACAGAAAAAAUCAAAAGUAGCGAGUGCAGCAGCGUCUAGCAUUGUUGGCCGCAAGCCACCACCCAAGAAGAAAGAUAGACACGGGCCAACUGGAUUCAGCACCGACUCCGUUGCGGAGGACGUGGAUACUAACGCUACGUUCUUGGACGACCCCAUACCGGACUACAUAACCUCACGUCUGAAGAGCCUCAAGAAGCUACACGAAGCUGGCUUGAGAUAUCCGCCUAGCUACGAAGGCAUUGAUGUAGAUGUAGUGGAGAAGGAACAGAGGCCAGUGCUCGACAGGGCCAUCAAGCCACAGCGCGAGAAUAAAGACAUCAAGCUAAAGGAAUCUGGAGGCGUUAUCCCCGCACCGAUUGCGCAGUGGUUACGCGACUAUCAAGUUGGAGGCGUGCAGUUUCUCCACGAAAGGUUUGUCAAACAGACCGGUGCCAUUCUGGGCGACGAUAUGGGUCUCGGAAAAACCAUCCAGGUCAUUGCUUUCCUCACUGCUGCUUUUGGCAAGAAAGCGACCAAGAGUGAUGCCAAAUGCAUGCGUGCUAUGCGACGCGAGGGCAAGGACCGGUGGUAUCCGCGCAUAUUAAUCGUUUGCCCGGGCACUCUGAUGCAGAACUGGGAAGAGGAACUCGCCAAGUGGGGUUGGUGGGAAGUCUACCGAUAUCACGGUAAUGCGGCAGACCGAAAAGGAGUUCUCGGUGCUGCAGCAAAAGGCAUGCUCGAGAUCAUGAUCACAACUUAUACGACUUACCGCAAUCAUGAAAGCGAAAUCAAUACAAUAGACUGGGAUUGUGUCGUCGCGGACGAGUGUCAUCAGAUCAAGAGCAAGAACGCAGAAAUCACCAAAGCAAUGAACAAGAUCAAUGCUCUGUGUCGGAUUGGACUCACGGGAACUGCCAUACAGAACAAGUAUGAAGAGCUGUGGAACCUGCUGAACUGGGCACGCCCUGGCGCAUAUGGAUCUGCGCAGGAAUGGAAGCAAAUGAUCAGCCUUCCUUUGAAGCUCGGCCAAGCACACGAUGCCACCAACGCUCAGCUAGCUGAUUCCAGGAGCCGAGCGCAGGAAUUGGUACACAAGAUUCUACCCAGUGUGUUCCUCCGCCGGAUGAAGACGCUCAUCGCGCACCAGUUGCCGAAGAAAAGUGAUCGCAUCAUCUUCUGCCAGCUCACAAACACUCAAGCGGAUGCUUAUCGCGAAUUUCUAGAUAGUGACAAGUGUCAGUUCAUCCAAACUGCAAGAGAGGAUUGCGACUGCGGUUCUGGCAAGAAGCGAGGCUGGUGCUGCUACGUUAAAGUUUCGGAAGCAGAAGAGAACUGGAGCAACUUUGUCUUCCCAUGUAUGGCGACACUAAUGAAACUAGCCAACCAUCUCGCUCUCAUCGUUCCGCAAUCUUCUGAUCUUCCCGAAAAGCGCUCCAAAGAUCUCGAGCUCUUGGAACUGGCUUGUCCAAGGCAAUAUCGAGAGCUGUACAAGAAUAGAGACAGCAUACUGAAGCAGUCACAGCGCGAGUUUUGCGGCAAGUGGAAGGUGCUUCGACGUUUGCUCGACUUUUGGCAUUCCAAUGGCGACAAAGUCCUCAUCUUCUCACACUCAGUACGCUUGCUGAGGCUUCUAAGAGGGUUGUUUGACAUUGAUGGAACGAAGUACAACUUCUCGUACCUGGACGGUAGCAUGAAGUAUGAGGAUCGAUCGAAGGUUGUUGCAGACUUCAACGCCGAUCCCGAUCAGUUCGUGUUCUUGAUCAGUACAAAAGCUGGAGGUGUCGGGCUCAACAUCACUUCCGCGAACAAGGUCGUGAUUGUGGAUCCCCACUGGAAUCCAGCCUACGACUUACAAGCCCAGGACCGUGCAUACCGUAUCGGACAAACGCGGGAUGUCGAAGUUUUCCGUCUCGUCUCUAGCGGCACGAUUGAAGAAAUAGUAUAUGCGCGUCAGAUUUACAAGCAGCAACAAGCCAACAUCGGCUAUAAUGCCUCGGAAGAGCGGCGCUAUUUCAAGGGUGUAAUGGAUCAGGCCGGAAAGAAAGGCGAACUCUUUGGUCUUGAGAACCUCUUUACCUUUCAAGAAGACAGCGUUCUCCUCCGCGACAUCAUGCACAAGACCAACAUCGCCGAGUCGAAAGCGGGCAUCACCGCCGCAGACUUCAACUACGACGCCUCGCAACUCGAUUCCGAUGACGACGACAUCCUUUCCAACAAGUCCCUCGGCAUCGCAGACGACGACAUCAACCUCGGCGAAAUGAAGAAACUCGUCGAGUCGUUCACAUCCACAUCCUCAACAGGAAGCAAAUCCCGCGGCAAGAGCUUCACAAAGCGCACCGGUCCGGACCCCAUCAACGCCAUCCUCGCAAAAGCUGGUGUUCAAUACACGCACGAAAACUCCGAAGUCAUCGGCCGCAGCGAGAUAGAAGCUCGUCUCGGCAAACAAGCCAUGGAACUUCGCAACGACAUUGACCUCUCCAGCAAGCGCGUAUUCCAGGCUUCACAGUCGCAAUCCCAAUCACAACAUACACCACAUUCGCACCCGUUUUCGCACGCCUCUGAUCGGGACGACAGUGAUGUGGAGGAGCUCGGCAGUGCCGUCAAUGGCGAGUUUAAGAUCACGUACAGAUAUAGACCCGACGAGAAGAUUCGGAGGAGGCAGUUUUGCAGUGUCGCCGAGAGCAUGGGGUUUGAUGAUCCGAUGGAGUUUGCGCUGCUGGUGGAGAGUAGCACGCAGAUUGAGAGGAGGAAGAUGCUGGAGAGGUUUUAUCGUGGGCGCAGGAGGGAGAUUUUGAGGGAUGAUGGGGGUGAAGGGUAA